CUUCCCACUUCACAUGAUCCAUAUCAAAACCUAUAUAACCUUUAAAAAAUUUCUUCUUUAGAGGCGAUAUCAUAUCGGAUCUUUAGAAGAUAGCUUUCAUUCUUGAAUCAAUAGAGGAGAUUGAUUGAUUAGAGUUUUGGUUUUGAUCAAGAACAAUAUAUUUGGUUCAGUUUCUACAGGAGUAUGAACACUUUUUCACAUGUGCCUCCUGGAUUUCGGUUUCAUCCCACCGACGAAGAACUUGUUGAUUACUAUCUUAGAAAAAAGAUUAACUCAAGAAAGAUCGACCUAGAUGUCAUCAGAGAUGUCGAUCUUUACAAAAUUGAGCCAUGGGAUCUUAUAGAGCUUUGCAGGCUAGGUACCGAAGAGCAAAACGAAUGGUAUUUUUUUAGUCAUAAAGAUAAGAAAUACCCAACUGGAACUCGAACAAAUAGAGCUACAACAGCAGGAUUUUGGAAGGCAACGGGAAGAGAUAAGGCGAUUUACUCAAAGCAUGACUUGGUUGGGAUGAGAAAAACAUUAGUCUUUUAUAAGGGUCGUGCUCCUAAUGGACAAAAAUCAGACUGGAUAAUGCAUGAGUAUCGACUUGAGUCAGAUGAAAAUUCGACCACGACUCAGGAAGAAGGGUGGGUGGUUUGUAGAGUGUUUAAGAAAAGACUACCAACAAUGAGAAGAGCAAGUGAUCAUGAAUCGCCAAUUUGGUACGAUGAUCAUCAAGUCUCAUUCAUGCCAGAAAUUGAUUCACCAAACCAAAACAGUUCUCAAUCUCACUUGGUUAGCCAUGGCUACCAAUAUCCUUAUGGUUCUUGCAAGAAAGAGUUAGAUCAACUACAAAAUUACCAUAUUGCCUCUGACCACUAUCUCCACCUCCCUCUUUUAGAGAGUCCAAAACUGCUCCCACCUCAAAGUUCUUCAAUGCCCAUUUAUGGUAUUAACAUAGAGCAAAGUAGGAAUAUCAACUAUCAUCCGUCCUCAGUCACACAUGAUCAUCACCAAAACACCGACAACAUUAUUCAUAAAAAUCAAGAUCAAAAUGUUAACAAUCAAGUAACAGAUUGGCGAGUUCUUGACAAGUUUGUUGCAUCACAGUUACUAAGCCAAGGUGAGGUUUUAGCCAAAGAAAAAGAGUACUCGGAUAUUAUUAUUGAAGAUAACAAUAAUCCCAUCUUCCACUCGCACGAUGACCAUGAAAUAUCAAAUUCCGAGCUCAUUACCCAAUUGAACAAGCAAGAACAAACGCCCUCAAAUUCCAUCUCCAGUUGUCACAUUGAUCUAUGGAAAUGAAGCAAAAAAGAUCGUCAUCGAAGUUAUCAAUUGCAAACACAUAAGCAAAUUUCAAUUGUCAUUGUACAUAAUAAAGAUAUAUAUAUAAAGUGCUAUAUAUACAUGUAAUAUUGUAAACAUCUAUACGUACCUGGUUCGACUAUAUUCCCGCCGAC